UGGGAAAGAAUGUCUGAUAGUUCCAAAGUCUCCAUGGAGCAGACUCUUAUUUUCGCCAACAUUGAUCGAAAACAGACUGGAUACUACAGAUGUACAGCUUCGAACUACAUGGAACCUACAAGACAUGACGCAUCCGUCGGCAUCAGCAGCAAUACAGUCUACAUUGAUGUGCAAUACGAAGCAGAGGUAGCGAGUUUUACAUUAUUGAAUGCUAAUCACGGGCAAAACUUUGAAGUAAAUGAAAACACACAAGUCAUAUUUUAUUGCCAAGCUCAUAGUAAUCCAUCAUCAAAUUUAGCAUUGUUAAAGCAAAGCCAAUAUUUGAAAACAGCCAGUGACGCAAAACAAUUGGAUUUCACGAUCAGCAAAAGUGUUUGUGAAGACGAAGGCAUUUACCAGUGUACAGCACAAAACGAACAUAAUACUAAAGCUAAUAUCAGGUCCUUGGAGCUAUUUGUUCGAUGUGCUCCUCGUGCAUCAGCAUUGUCCCAGAGAGACCAGAACGUCACAAUUGCACCUGGAGAGCCUGCAGCGUUUACUCUUAAGUUAGUAGCGUUUCCGCGACCAAGAGCUAAGGACUUUGUUUGGGAAAAGAAGGUUUCGGCGUCUAGUACAUGGAAUAUUGUUUCUAAUGACACAGACAUCGUCAUAACUAUUUCUACAGACGGACUUCAAACUAAAUUAUUCUUCAGUUCCGUAGAUGAAAAGGAUUUCGGGUAUUACCGCGUACAUGUCAACAACGAGCUUGGAAACUAUACUGAAACGUUUCUACUGCAGGCACAAGAUGACAGUGCUGGUUCAGUUAUUGCCGGUGCUGUGUGCGGAACUCUUGCGGUAGUUGUAGUCGUAACUGUGGUCGUGGUUAUUCUUAGACGGAAGUAUACAGUGAACUGUAACUUUGAAAGAAAAAGAGAUGUGGCUGCUUCGCAAUCUGUAUCCGGUACAGACAGUCCUGAAAAUAACGCAGCUCAUACGUACGAUGAAGGAUCCAUGCCAAAUGCCGCAUCGGUUUACGACGCGCUAAAAGAUCGAGGAAAUGGACCCGACGACCGGGAUUUGUAUACACCGCUGGAUGAGUCAAGUUCAAAGAAUGCUGUAGAGUACGAAAAUGUUAAGAAAGAGGAUCCUGUUUAUACCAACAUGAGGCUGACACACUCAGUGCAAACAGUGCUUUAAGUGUAUAUUGAAAGUGCAUACAGGACAAUCUCAAGUCUGUGGUGCCUUUAAAGAAUUGGAAUACCCAGCUUUUUAAAACGGCAUUGCCGGUGAAAUUCCUUAUCUACAUCGUUAUAAGCAACAUACAACAAACUUAAGGAGAUAUUAGUAUUCUUUGGAGAAAGGAUAAAAGAACAAAUAAAUAAUUGUUUCCCUCAUUAAAUGAUAUUUUUUAAAUUUUUAAAAAAAAUUAUUUACAAAAUGUUGUUUGCAAUGUAUCUAUAACUUGUUUGAAUGUUUUGAUCAUUGGGCGAACUAGCUAUUUUAUAAUGUUAUAUUGCUUGAUUGUAGGUAAUAUGAAAAUGUAUGGGUUUUUAAAGUUUUCGUAAUAAUAUUUUCGGUUGAUGGAAUCCUGCAUAAUAACAUUAACAUAUUUGCACGACCGAAUUCCGGGCCCCUUUUCAGCCUGGGCUCAUUCAGAAAUAUUUAACUAUGUUCCAUUGUUUUCAUUUUAUUAUUUAUUUUGUCUCGCCAGUUUGUGAUAUUUAUAAAGCUUUUGGUUGCUUUUGGCACAAACGUCUUCUCAUCAGCUUCGCCAAAGUGGACUUUUAGGAGCAUUACUUUUAUGGUUACUGAUUAUCCUAUCGACAGAAAAACAACUUGUGAAAUAAUCGUUCGUGUCUUUUGCAGAUAAUACUGCCCUAUACAUUAUUGUAGACAACCUAUCCAUGCAGCAGGUCAUUGAACUGACUAUAUAAGUAAGAUUCAUUCUUGGGCAAGAAGAUGGUUUGUGUCCUUCAUUCCAGCGAAUAUAAUACCGCUCCUGGUCUCUAAUAAAGACCAACACACCGGUGCAUCAACCUGUUUUCAUGAAUAACAUCUUAAAGUGAUUAAAUCUCGCAGACAUUUUCACACUUUUAUAAAUUUCCUGUUCCUGACACUAGCAUUUCCAGUCCAUCAAGCAAAAGACCUGGUGAUGAAUACACAUAGAGCGCUUUAAUUAUGUCUUUGACCGUAGAUCUCUAGAAAUAAUUUUACAACUUCCAUAAUACAACUUAUUCAGUAUGCUGACAGUUAAAUCCAGAAGUAUAAGCCUUGCUACACAUGUAAAUAACUGUCACCGGUAGCAUGUGGACAACUGAAUAAUGUUAAAAUGUUUUCGAGUUAGAGCCAAUAUUAAUAUUUUUUCCAUACGACGAGACCAGGGUUAUAACGGAAAAACAAUAGCUCAAGAAAAAUGACUGCUCAAAACGAGUUUGUAAAGAUGACAAUUCCUUAUUAUUUUUGGUUGCGCUUCUCUGAAUCGAGAUUUGAUGGAAUGUUGCGAAAUUAAUAAAACGUACAUAUGAUAUAACUAACUAUGAUAGCAUCUCAUAUAAAAAUUCAUAAAUUCACGAGGUCCACCCGAUGCUGUAUUAAGAAAAACUUAUGGGAAAUACCAACGUUUUCCAGUUCCAAAUUGGUCCAUUGACUUAUUAUAUGUUAAUGCUAAUGAUGAUAUGAUACACAAACCAUUUAAUCCAUCUACAGUUUAAGUUACAAAUAGUUCGUACUAUGUUAUGAUGUGUAUACCUUGUUUGAAGCUGUUUUCCAUAAUUUGUGGAUGUGAUCACUGUUUUCAAUGCUCUAAUCCAUCUUACAUUUUGAAUGUAUGAAUAUAACAAGGAACGGCUUUUGUAAAUACUUGUUCCAAUAGUUGUACCUAUUUUAAUUGUGUUGUUUUGAUAUAUUAUGUAUGUUUGUUAUUCAUGUCGGAAAAUAGCUCAUUGACAUAAUGUUUCUAGUAAACGUAUACCCGACUUUAAAAAAAAAAGAUUCUUGUUUUCUAGUCUAGUAUUUUGUGGCAGAUGAGUGGGCGGAUCAAGCUU